CCAAGUUAUACCUCUAGUUGGUCGCUGUUCGUAAUCGGUAAAACCCCAUCAUCGGCAUAAAACCCUUCGUGGUUCUGUUGCCGGCUUUAAUGGCGAGCUCACGAGUGCUCCUCCGUUCUCCAAAACCUAGAAUCCUAGAAAACGUUUUUACUCAACGAUUUUGCCCACACCGAUCUCUUUCCACCACCGCCGUGCCGUCUCACCAUAACGACCACCAACGCAACCACCAAUAUCUCUCACAAAACGACUACAUCAACAGCUGGAAACCACCAAGGGAUCCCAAGGAGGCUCAAGCGAAGCUCUCUCUUCUUCGUCGCGACUACGCGAUGAAGGUCAAGGCGGUUCGCAAGGAGUACAUCCAGGAAAUGGAGCUUCAGAGACUAGAGAAACUUAGAAAAGACGAGAUUAAAAAAGAAGCCAUAAGGAUUGAAGGUGAAGAGCGUAAAGCUGCUAAAGCCGCCGCAAAAAAGGCGAAAGCCGCUGAACGUCAAGUGGCUGAGGAGGAGUUCCGGCAAACCCUAUUAAAAGAAAGAGCUCAGAAGCUUGAAUAUCACAAAAUGAGAGAAAACAAAUUCAUGGAGAAGAAGAAAGAGAAAAGUGAACUUGUGCGACGUCAGAGUUCCAUGUGGGUAGAUGAGGGUGAACUUGAAAGUAAGAUAUUGGAGGUUCAAUGUCUCUCUUGUUUUGAACAUAUGAUGUAA